AUGUUCAUUGUAGUUGGUGGAUCAUCAUUGAAGAUUUUCGAUAAAUCAAAAGCUGUCACCUCUGAAAAUUCCCUUUUAUUUAAUAUCAAGUAUAGGGAAUUUUCGUUUCAUUGCUUGCGAUUGGUGACUGAGAAUUCAGAGGAAUUUAUUUAUGCAAGUAAAAGUGGAGGAAUUAUUAAAAUUAGAGUGAAGGAUUUGAUGGAAGGAAAGGAAGGAAUUGUGUGGGAAUGUAAAAAAUCAAACACGAAUAUUUGGGGAUUGGAUUUGAUGGGAAAUCAAGUGUUUUUUAUAGAUUACAAUAGAUCAGUAAUUUGUAAAGCAAAUAAGGAAACAGGAAAGGAUGAAGGUGAAGAUGUUAUUCAUUUAUUUAAUGGAUAUGGAAUUGAAUUUUUAUCUGAAAGUGAAAUAUUGACAUCCAAUCAACAAUCUUUAGAAAUUUUCAAAAAACAAGAAAAUAAUUGGAUUUCUAAAAGAAGAGUGGUUAUUCCCAAGUGUUCUACCGCUUAUUCAAUAUUUUAUGAGAAGGAAUCUGGCUUAGUUUACUUAUCUGAUACUGAAAAUAAUCGAAUUUUUGUCAUUAGAUUGUUUGAUUUCUCAAUUGUUAAAACAUUUGAAGAUUCUAAUGCCAUUUCAAGAAAUUUCGGAUUGUUUGUUGAUAAGCGAACUGGUUUACUCUAUGUUGUUAAUAACAAAUCCAAAGAAAUUUCUAUUUUUCAAUAA